AAUAAAAGAUACCAGCAACCCAAAUCAGAGCAACCAGGCAAUUUGGAACAAGAUCGCGAGCCCGCGGCGGAGGAGAUAGGCAAUUGCAGAAACAACAGAUAGGCACGCAAGAGGAGAUUUCGAAAUACCAAAUGUGAACACUAAAAUCUCUUGCCAAAUUGAUCGAUUCCUCGGGGUUUGAGUUUUGAUUCUUUUCGUCUCUCUUCGUCAAUUCAUCUCUUUUAUAUAUCUUGCGGGUGAUUGCCCUUGUUCCAGGAUUGGUGGGGUAUGAGUUCUUAAUUAAAACGCCGGUUUUGUUUGGGGAUUUGGAAAUACGUUAUGGAGAAGGAGAAGAAUUCUACGGGCGGGUCUAAGGUUUUGGAACCUAAAAAGGAGAGGAAGCGACGGCUUGUGCUGAGCAGCGACUCGGAGACGGAUGGGUAUGUAACUUCUAAACCAUUGAAGGCAGAUGAGGCUGUCAAUGGCGCCCCCGGCUGUAGUGGAAGCGGAAAGGAGGAGAUUUGUGGAGUAAAGGAGGAAAUUGAGACGAAAGUUGAUAUUCCUGGUCCGAAACUGGGCAUUGAGGAGAGCAAAGCGAAAGCUUUGGAGCUGAGGUUGGUUAGGAAGAGUAGGGAGGCAGAUGACGUGAAAGUAAUUAAAAAGAAAAUGAAGUUAGAUUCAGAGGAUUGUGCUAACAAGCAAACAGAGAAAUCUUGGUCAAGUAAUAAGCGUUUGAGCUUGAAACAUAGGGAUACGCAUAUUCAUCGUGCCUCCAAUAAGGAGAAGUUUUCCGAAUUUGGUUCUGAUCCAAAGAGGGUCAUGGAGACUGGUGAUGCAGAAGUUAGUAAAAGGAAAACAAAACCAGAGCUUGUUGGUAACACUGUUCUGAAGACUGGAGGCAGUAAUAAAAUGUUGGACUCUAUGAAACACAGGGGUUAUAGUAAGGAUGGUGUCAAGGGUAUCUUGGAGGGUUCGAGAUUGACAACUAGAGAGGCUAAACAGAGGGGCAUCGACAACUCCAUGGAAAGAAAAUUUCAUGUCAAUCCAAAUAAGAGCAUAAAGAGAGAGGCUGAAAAUAUAAGGUCCAUUGAGCAAUCGGAUCAGAGAAAGUUUCAGAAGCGAAUGGAUAAUAGAGUUGCUGGGGUUGAUGGAAAAAUUGAGAAGAAUGGUGGAAGAUCACCACAUGAGUACGUUAGGGUGAAAGGUAAGAGUGGUGUUUUGAGGGUUUUGCAUGGUAAUAAGGUGGGUGUCUCUGGGAAUGAGACUGUUCGAGGUGACAUUGAAGGUCACGCUACGGGGCUGACAUCUUCAAAUACGGAGAAGUUGAGUAGAUCAAAUGACCAAGUUGAAAGACACCGUCCUGAGAAAUCAAAGUUCUUGAUCAAGUUGGGUAAAAAUACUGGAACAGUUUCUACAGAAGGAAGAAGCAACAUAAAGGUUGUUAAAACAAAACCAGAUAGCCCAUCUCAACACACAGGUUCUAAAAGUGUGCAUUCGAUGCAUAACAAAAUUAGCUCUGCAGCCAAAGGAGAGAGUGCUUCUAGAAGCUCUCCUACAGUUAAACGUGGUGCAAAAGAAUCAAAUGCAAGUCGUAAUGAAGUUAAAAGGAAAGUCAGGGAGCAAAUUAAAACUCUUCUUUUGGAUGCUGGGUGGACUAUUGAAUUAAGACCCAGAAAGGGCAGGGAUUAUGAAGAUGCUGUGUAUGUUUCCCCUCAAGGAACAGGGUAUUGGUCAAUUACAAAAGCCUAUGAUGUCUACAGAAAGCAGUUUAACAGUACAUUUGAUGACAACGAAGGUCCUACAAAGCAGUCUAAACCUAAUUCUGGAGCUGCCAUAGCUCCUGAAGUCUUAAUUUUAUUGAAAAGGAAUGUGGUUAAUAAAAGAAAACUGAAGAAAGAAGCAAUAAAAGUUAAACAAAAGGUUGGUAUUAGCAGAACCAAAAAGGCCAAGGAAACCGUCAGAGUAAGUUGCUCUGGAGAUAAUGAAUCUAGCUAUGUUGUUAGAGAAAACAGGGUCAGGAAGAGGCAAAGCAAGAGUAUAUUGCUUGAUGGGCCCUCGGCUAAGAAAAUGCAACUAAUAGCUAGAAACAGAAGGAGAAGCGGUUGUUCUCUCUUGGCUCAUGGUUCUAACCAAUAUGAAGAAUCAGAAAAGAGUGAUUAUGCUCAUUAUGUUUGGAAAAGAACAGUUCUCUCUUGGAUGAUAGAUAUGGGCGUAUUACCUGUUUAUGCGAAGGUUAGGUAUAUGCACAAAAGUAAGAACAAGACAUUGCUUGAGGGACGGAUUACAAGAGAUGGUAUUCAUUGCAGUUGCUGCAGUAAAAUUCUCACAGUACCAAAGUUUGAGAUUCAUGCGGGCAGCAAGCUAAAUCAGCCUUAUGAGAACACAUUAGUGGAGGUGUCUGGAUACUCCCUUUUGCAGUGUCAAGUAAAUGCAUGGGCAAAGCAAGAAGAGCAUAAAAGACGUGGUUUCUAUAAAAUAGACACUGAUGGGAACGACCCAAAUGAUGAUACCUGCGCCAUAUGUGGUGAUGGUGGCGACUUAAUUUGCUGUGAUGGCUGUCCUUCAACUUUCCAUCUCAGCUGCUUAAACCUUCAGACGCUUCCUCUUGGUGAUUGGCAUUGUAAAAGUUGUUCGUGUAAAUUCUGUGGCAUGCUUCAUAGUUCUGCCUCUCCGUGUAAAAGUGUGUCUACAUUAUUCACAUGCUCCCAGUGCGAGGAGAAAUAUCAUGAAGAGUGUGUUGCUGAGAAGGAUGCUGUUUCUGCUACACCCAACGGUUCAUCCAAUCUAUUUUGUGGGAAAAGUUGCCGAAAGGUGUUCAGAAAGUUGCAAAAGCUUAUUGCAGUAAAAAAUGAGUUGGAAGCUGGAUAUUCUUGGAGCAUCAUUCGGCGCUUUGAUGAUCCGUCUCAAUCUCCAUCUAAAUUUGCUAAAAGGGUUGAAAGCAACUCCAAAAUUGCUGUUGCUCAUGCUGUUAUUGAUGAAUGUUUUUUGCCUAUCACUGAUCAUAGAAGCGGCAUCAAUCUGAUUGACAAUGUUGUGUAUAACUGCCGAUCGAACUUCAAUCGGCUUAAUUAUAGUGGAUUUUAUACUUUUAUUUUGGAACGAAGUGAUGAGAUUAUUUGUGCCGCAUCUAUCAGAAUACAUGGGACAAGGCUGGCUGAAAUGCCUUUCAUUGGGACAAGGAAUAUGUAUAGGCGCCAAGGAAUGUGUCGUCGACUUCUUGAAGGAAUUGAAUCUGCGCUGUCCUCUUUUGGUACAAAAAUGUUGGUAAUACCUGCAAUAUCUGAGUUAACAGACACCUGGACUACUGUUUUUGGUUUUAAGCCGCUUGACAUUUCACAAAAAGAAGAAAUUAAGUGUGUGAAUAUGUUGGUUUUCCCUGGCGUUGGUCUGCUACAAAAGUCAUUGAUUAAGAAAGAGUCAACUUUGCAACGUACAAUUCCUGAGCAAGGAAACAAAUCUGAGGCCCAGCUGUCAGUUGUGGAAGACCUCAAUGGUUCAGCUGUUGAGGUUCUCUGUACUAAAGUAUCGACAUGUCAGGAAGAAGGUGCAGAAAUUGCUAUCCCUGCUUUGGGGCACCCUACUCCUAAUUUUUCAGCAGAUGCAUCUGGAUCGCAUGCACGAGAAUGCUGGUCUUCUGAUAGUACAGCCGAUGCCAAGUUAAAUAUUGUUAAAAAUGUUUAUGGUGGUAGCUCAGUCACUGAAAAAGAAUCGCAAGUGGGUUUUUCAGAGAAGCAGACUGUUUUUAUUGAAGAACCUAAUCAUGAGAUGGAAAAUGUGAAAACCACAGUGUUUUCAAGUCACAACUCUGAUUCUGAGCUUUUAGCAGAUGCUUCUAUAUCUCGACCUUCAGGAUGCAGGUCUCAAGAAAAUCCAUUAAAUUUGAUAUUAUCUCCUGUUAGGAUUGUUUCUGGCAAUAAUCCUUUGGAAGAUGACAAGCUUCCACUGGAUGUAACAAGUAAACCUAUAAUUGAGCCUCUUAGUGGCUUGAUGAAUGAUGCUACUAGGAAAAAAAUUGAGGUUACUGAUGAAAUAUCUUCUGCUGUUGCUAAUGAUGUCAUUGUUCUGCGAUGUGAUUAUGAAGUUAAUUACAGCGCUAAAACUGACAUUGCUUCCAGUGUUGGGCUUGCAGGAGAAAACAGUGAAUCUAAUCCUCUUUCUAGUUGUAAUACUAUUCCACAUAAUUUGCAGGAGCCAUGUGUAACACCUAGUGUUGUAAUGGUUCCAAAAUGUAAUUCUUUUGGCAAUUGGCAAGGCAUUUCAGCUGGCUCCUUGGAGUCUCGUCCAGAUACAAACAUAACUAGUUCAUCUCCAGAAAUGUGCGAUUCUCAGUUGUCUGUUGUUUGUAUGGUUCAAGACAAUCUUGCUACUACGGAUCAGGCUGUUGAUGUUCCAAUCCAACUGCAAUGCUCAGAUGAUGAUUUGAAACUGUCCAAUCCAUUUAUUGAUACUGUUGAAACGCAUGCAGAUGGAGCUAAAGCUAUAGUUUCUGUUAAUAACAUGGUAAAACCCGUGCCUGGCAUUGUUGAUCUGAAAACUCAUGUGAAUGAAGAGGAUGUUAACAUUUCUGUUGGUGUUGAAAGACAUUUAAAUGCUUGUUCUGCUAAAAAUGGCCCGGCUUCUUCCUUGGUCAGCAGCAAAGUAUCUGGAUCUUCUGAUGGUAUUGAGACUACCCAUCAACUUACCUUGCAGGAGAACACUGAGCAACUUCAAUUUCAAGUUGAACUUCAUGGUGAAGGUGAUCGAUUUGCUAGGGUUGAAUUGCAUGAUAAAAACAAUUCUACGAAUGUCCAGCAUUUUUGUUUAACUGAGCAUCAACUUUGUUAUGAUAGGAAUGUGCUAGAAACUUCUCAUGAAAGUAACUGGCUUCCUUGCUCAUCAGAGAAGAAUAUGUGUGAUCUUAUUGGAUCUCAUGCUAGUGCUUCGAUCUCUGAGAACACUGAUAAAUCUGCUCAUGUUGAUCAUAAGCCUAGAAACUGUUGCACAUCUGAGGUUACAAACUAUGUGGGCACAAAUGAGAACACUCAAUUUGAUGCAGUUUCGUGUCCUGCACUGGACUGAUGAUAGCCUGCAUCAUUCUGUGGUAAAAGAAUCCGUUCUACAUGUUCUUUGUAAUGUUUCUGGCUCUAUCAGUGGUUUUGUGAGCACCAGUAAUACCUCUGAAGUUUCAGCUGAAAAAAUUAUCGUUUCGAGUGAAAGUGGAUGAGAAUGUUGCAGUAACUACUUGUGAAGUUGGUAUUGAUAUUUGUACUGAUAUUACUUAUGAUUGUCAUGAGGGUGCAUGUGACAUUAGUAUAGCUGAAGGAGAUUUAGUUGUUGCGGAAUUUCAUAUUUUUAGCCGUUCUUCUGUAGCCAUACAUCCAAGGUGGUCACGUUGCCUAAAAGAUGAUUUUUGAAUUUUGAAAUUAGCUUGCACUGUUGUUUAAUCAAUUUUCAAGCAUGUUGGUUUUCUUGAUGGAGUAGUUCACACAAUGAACAGUGCUUCAAGGAUGCCUACUCAACCACAUGCCUUCACUGAUUAUAUUGUAGAAAUUUGUUCCGACUGGUGAAUGCAAUGUUACAGAGUCAACGCUCAUCCAACACGGCGUCUAUUUAUAACAUGUAGAUAUAUGUGGAAAUUGAUGCGUCGUAUCCAUUUUUUGUUUUUCUUUUCUGGGGCAAGUAGCCAAGAAUCAUCCUUUCUUACAGAGGAGUGUUUUAAACAUUUGUUCCUGUUUUGGACAAGGAAAGAUGCUUUUUUUAUUCUCCUGAACUCUUUUUAUAGACGAUUAUGCAAUAUAUGCCAAUCUAUUUUUUACA